CCUGUCAUCUUCCACUUCCUUUUCCUUUCCCCACCCCUUUCUGUACUGCAAGCCUUUCUCCCCAAUGCAACGUUUCAACUUUCAAUGGGAAGGCCUCGGCGGCCGCAUCGCCAUCGCUUCGGCGGUGACCUGCCUCAUCUCUUUCUUGUACAAGAUGGUGAAGGUGCGACUGCACAUGUAUCGUCUCAAGGAACAAGGAAUGCCAAUGCCCCCCUGGGACCCUAUUUUCGGCCAUCUGCGAAUCAUGCCCGGUCUCGCCAAAAAGUGUCCCAGUGAUGCUCUGCAGUCCCAGACAUUCGCUGUUCUCUCCAUGCAGUAUCCGGGCCUGCAAAACGGCUUCUAUAUCGAUGUUUGGCCGUUUAUGUGCCCAAUGUUUGUUUGCACUACCCCUCCGCUGGCCGUGCAGGCUUGCCAGACCCAUAAUUUGCCCAAGCCGACAGAUCUCCUGGCUCCUUUCAUUAACCCCAUGUCGGGUGGGGAUACGUUUUUCACCACCAAUGGGGCAGUGUGGAAGCAUGAUCGCGACCUGUUCAACCAUGCCUUUAGUACGACGGUUGUGGUUGGCCACGUAGAUUAUAUUUUAGAGGAAGCAGAGAUCUACGUGGGAAUUCUCCGCGAACACGCCAUAAAAGGUGACACUUUUUCAAUGGACGACCUUGCUUGUAGUUACAUGAUGGAUGUCAUUGGUAACGUCGCACUAAAUACACGCUUCAAUUACCAAACGGGACACAACCCUAUCGCCGCUGCAAUGCGCAGUACCAUCGAACUUGAAUGCGGUCGGGAAGGGGAGAACAACCCUUUGCGACGCUGGAAUAUCCACCGGCUGUACCGUCAGUGGCGAAACAGCCGGAUCAUGGAGCACCACAUUGGCCUGGAGCUGGAGAAGCGCUAUCAGGAAUGGCUGCAGCAAGGCGAAACGGCCAAAGCCCGUGGAAAAUCCAUCAUGGAUAUUGUUAUUGCCGAAUAUAUGAAGAACCGACCGACAAGCCAAAGCCAUACCUUGACCCUAGACCCUAAAUUCAAAUCUUGGGCCAUCAUCCAAAUCCGCCUGUUCCUUUUUGUCGGACACGACUCCACCGCCGUGACUAUCAUCUACUCUCUUUACCUUCUCUCCAAACACCCCGACACUCUCGCCAAAAUCCGCGCAGAACACGAACAGAUCUUCAGUUCCAAGGCUGGUAGUGUCUCAACGCAAAUCAAAGCGCACCCUGAGAAGACUAAUCAAAUGCCCUACACUACCGCCGUCAUUAAAGAGACUCUCCGUCUUUUCCCACCAGCCAAUGGCCUCCGAUUUGGCCGUCCGGGCAUUUCCCUUACCGACACCCACAGCACCGAUGGACGGACUUUCCCCGUUGAUGACUGCGCCGUCUGGAUUGUGCAUACCGCUAUCCAACGGAACCCAGGGUACUGGCCCCAUGCGCACGAGUUUGUCCCCGAUCGCUGGCUCGUUGAGCCGGGACAUGAGCUCUACCCCCCGACGGGCGGAUGGCGGCCCUUCGAGCGUGGUGCACGAGACUGUGUGGGGCAGAACAUGGCUAUGUUGGCUAUUAAAAUUACUCUGGCUAUGUUGGUGCGGGAGUUUGAUUUUGAUAGUCAGUAUGAGGAGUGGGAUCGUAAGAAUCCGGCGGCUGGCGCGGUGCGGACAAUGUUUGGGGAGAGGGCGUAUAUGGUUGCCAAGGGCGCGGCGCAUCCGGCUCAAGGGUAUCCGUGUAAGGUGAGGUUGGCUGUGUAAGUGGUAUGAUUGUUAAUCAUGAUAUGUACAUUAUAGGUGAUUAAGAUUGUGUCUGUAGACGAAUCAUUUGGUUGAAG